AUGGGCAUGGUGAAUCCCUGUGCCUUAGUCAGUUCCUGCCAUUUGAUGAAGACUGUAUCAAGGACUUGGGUUAAUGGCAGAUGCCUGACCUAUCAACAAGCCCUGCCAACUCAGCCAGUGCCCACACUUCAGCAUACCUGUGAGCGCUACCUCAUCCUCCUGGAGCCCUUUGUGGAGGUGGAUGAGCUGAAGAGAACAAAACAGCUGGUGCAAGAAUUCCUGAAACCAGGAGGCGUUGGAGAAAAACUGCAAAAAGGCCUAGAAAGGAAGGCUCACAAUACUGACAACUGGUUAACAGACUAUAUGGUGCAGACUGACUAUCUUGACAACCGUCUGCCUGUGGUGGCUUAUUCAAAUAACAGUGGUUCCUUUCCCCGAAUGGACUUCAGGGAUGAGGAGGGACAAAUAAGGUGUGCUGCCAAAGUGAUAAGAGCUAUUUUGGACUCCAAGACAAUGAUUGACAAUGAGGCGCUACCAGUUGAUUACCUGGGAGGAAAACCCCUGUGUAUGAAGCAGUAUUCCCAAAUGCUAUCAUCAUGCCGUAUUCCGGGCCUGGAGACGGACUCGGUUGUGUUCCAUGGCAAGACUUCUUACCCUUCCAGAUGCAUUACAUUGGCAUACAACAGUCAGUUCUUUAUGCUGGAGGUCUACAAUAGUGAUGGGACUCCUUUGACUGUGCACCAGCUUUGUGUUCAGCUGGAGAGAAUCUGCAGCUCUUCACUGGAGACGAGCACAGAGCCCGUUGGCAUCCUCACCUCCUUAAAUCGUGACUCCUGGAGCAAAUGCUAUGACAGAUUGAUCCAAGAUAAGACCAACAAAGAAGCGCUGUCAGCUAUCCAGAGGAGCAUCUGUGUAGUAUGUCUGGAUAAAGCCAUGCCUCAAGUGCCUGAUGACAUGUACACCAGAUGUAAUGUCCUCCAGAUGAUGCAUGGAGGAGGCAGCCAGUGGAACAGUGCCAACCGCUGGUUUGAUAAAUCACUACAGUUCAUUAUUGGAGAAGAUGGGGCAUUUGGUAACAACGUCUCACAUAGUUGUUUAGAUGGUACAAUUGGUAUGGCCUUGACUGAUUAUGUUUUAGCAUCCAUCAAGAAACUAGAGAUCAUGGAGUCUUCCACGGUGCCUUUGCCCACACCUCAGAAACUACACUUCAACAUCACAGCUGACAUCAAAAAAGCAAUUGAGGAGGCCAAACGAAGCAUUGAUAAAAUCGUCCAAGACCUGGAUUUCAGUAUUCUCUCAUUCAACCACUAUGGGAAAAACUUUCUAAAAGCAAACAAGAUGAGCCCUGAUGCUUUCAUACAGAUGGCUAUACAGCUGGCCUACUACAGGGUGCACCGGCAGCACUGUGCAUCUUAUGAAGCAGCUUCCAUGCGACUGUUCAGGCAGGGACGUGUAGGUGAAAUCCCCUCAACUUCAAGUGCCUCAGUUGCCUUUGUCAUGGCUUUUAAUGACCCAAACAAGAAGAACACAGAGAAAGUGGAUCUUUUGAGGAAAGCUAUAGAAGUGCACAAAUGGAACACUAACAUGGUGAGUUUUAAUGACAAAAAUGCUCAGUGCUUCAGUUUGGUGGCAGUCUGUUCCUGUUAAAUAGGACAACAAAAUGUUAACAUAAACACACACUACAGUAAAAAUCAGCUUACAAACUUUGCACCUCUCAGUCCAGGCUGGGUAAACACAACACCACUAACAAGCUCUGUAUUUACAUAUCUUUCAGCCGUAUUCAAAAAUAACAUCAUUGUUGAGAGUGGUGGAAGUCACACUGUUAGUCUGUAUGAGCAGCUGUGUAGACUACAGAAUGAGCUGUGCUGUUCCUAUUGGCUGUUCCAUUACUCAGAUCUUUUCCUGAAAGGGGCAGUGCAGCAGCCAGGUUGAUUUAAAGCGACAGACACUGAAACAGAUGAUUGUUGCAGACACUGUACAAAAAAUGCUGUCUGAUAUUUCUGGAAAACUUCAAAUAUGCUAUAAAUGUAAAUUAUGGGGACAUGUGACACACAUUAUUUUGACAUAAAUUGGCAAUGGUUAAAAGUGUAAAGUUUAAGACGCCUGUAAAGAUGCUGAACUCUACUCCACACUGAUGCCAACAAGGUAAUAAAUGCAGGAAAGAACAGCAAAGAUGGGGAAGAGAGGACAAGCUGUCAUACUGAUGGGCAGCAACAACUGCUCUUCUAAAAUGAUUUGAUGGCCUUUCUCUUUGGCGUUGAAUGCUCCAAGAGCAGAAAACUGUCAUUUUAAAAAAUAAAACCGUUCUUAAAAAUCCCUACACUGCUUCUUUGUUUUGCCUUAGUUUUUUUAUAGUUUAUCAGAGAUUGUAUUUACCUAACGAUCUAGAAUUAUGACUAGAUUGUAGUCUUCUCUAUACAGCCGUGGUAAAAACAAAGGAUGGGUAAUAGAACUCAAUGGAGACUGUAUAAUUACACAAAGCCUUCACUAUCCCUUGUGUAUCUGCCGGUCUGCUAGCAUCCACUUGAAUCUGAGACCAGAUGACCUUUUUCUUCAAAAUGAAACUUUUCAUCAAAAUGUACCACCUGCACAUGGGCCUAGGCGAUGGACUUCAAAGAAGUAUAUCAGGAAUGACUACUUAGCUGUACAUGUCCAUGUCACUAUAAUCUAGGCUUAAGAAGACGAUCAUAGGAUAUAAAACUAUGGGGAACGAAAAAACCUCAUGCAAACAUGGAUCAAAGAAUCAGACUCUUUUGUUGUUGUCAUGCUGAGACUGUCUGAAAUAUACUGUGUAAGCACUCUACAGGUCAUGUUUAGUCCUGUGCAAAUAUUGUGAGUUGUCUUCUUUGUAAAAGGAAAUUAGUGGACAGACAGUCUUUGGGCACUUCCUGGGUCUACAGCACCAAGCAACUGAGAAAAAUAUUCCCAUGCCGGAUAUCUUCACAGACGAGGCGUCUGUGAAGAUAUCCGGUAAAGUUUUUGACUAUCGACUUGCUACUAGUCAGGUGAGGAGCACAGCUGAAAUGGAGCUGACAAUAUGUUAAUAGUAUUAUAUUACUAGAGACAUAUAAUCAAACUUCUGUCUGCUGCAAAAAAUGGUUAAUGUUUCUCCAAUUUGUAUCUUUCCAAACUGAUGAGGAAGGGACUCAUUUAUAUUUUGUUUAAAUAUUAUUUUUGUUUUAUUGUAUUCAGACAGCAGCCUCAACUGAUAGUUAUGAUUAAAAAAAACAAACAAACCACAUAUUAAGAUCAAGGACACCUUUAGGCGCUAUAUGUCAUGGUAUUAGCUGUGUUGCUAAACAGGUUUCAAUCAUUCUCACAGAAGUGCAUAUCAUAUGGUUUAACACAAUAAUUAACCACUAUGUCAAACUUUGUUCUACUUCACAAGGUGCCGUCCAAAUCUGGUUGUCUUCCAUGUGCUGGUCCUUAUCAAUAUAAAACGUAUGAUAUAUGCUAUACUCUUUUGAAGGAUGACAUGACUUUUGUGGUGUCAGCCUUCAAAACAAACACAGAAAAUAAUUCAGAAGAGCUAAAAAAAGCUGUGGAGGAUGCACUGCUGGACAUGAGGACCAUACUGUGAAAACAAAGACGUGAGUGAAGUGGUGGCUUUUCACUUUUGUUGAAUGAGAAUGUGACUAAGAGGCUUUGCUGUUGUAAUUUUAUUAAAAUAUAGUUUCAUUCCACAAUUCUGUGUUUAUCCAGACUUGUUAGCACUUGUUACCAAGUUUGGGACCCACUGUGUUUGGACCAUUCCAAAAGCAAAAAUGAAGGCAGUAGUCAUCUGCACUUUUGCAAACGACAGAAAGAAUAAAAUUUUUCUUUUUUUAAAUGGACGUUUGUUUUUAAAUAAAAAUGCAAAGGGUGUUCAGGAUUCUCCCUUUAACACACUAGUCUACUGGUCAGAGCUUUUGGUCUACAUUUAAAAUAAAUAAAUAAAUAAUAAUAAUGUGCAUGCCCAAA